UCCGGGAUACGUCAUAGUUGUCACCCGGCACAUUUACCGCAGUCGGAACACACUUUACACCAAAACUAGACAACGUUGUCCUCAUAAAGUUUGGUGUAAUUCAUUUUUAAAUGGCUGAACAGACGGUCGUGGAGAAAAUGAGCGAACUGCAGGUGGAGGAUAAGAAGAAGGGAGGAUGUGGCAAAGAAGGAGGAAAAAAGAAGGCCAAAGGUGGCGCCGGAGGAGACGCUGGAGGCAGAGGGGAGCUGUCCCCCCCACCUCAGUACAUCGAGGGUCGCCUCACUCUGUAUGAGAAGCUAAAAGCUGAGCACGACGCCCUUCUAGCAGAGAGGGCUACAAAAGACAGCCAACCCAUCAAGGUGACCUUGCCUGAUGGGAAGGUGGUGGAGGCCGAGUCUUGGAAAACCACACCGUACCAGGUGGCCUGUGGAAUCAGUCAAGGCCUCGCUGACAACACGGUGAUUGCCAAAGUGAACAAUGCCGUGUGGGAUCUUGACAGACCCCUGGAAGAAGACUGCAGCCUUCAGCUGCUGAAGUUCGACGAUGAGGAAGCCCAAGCUGUUUACUGGCACUCCAGUGCUCACAUCCUGGGUGAAGCCAUGGAGAAGGUGUACGGAGGCUGCCUCUGCUACGGACCCCCCAUCGAGAACGGCUUCUAUUACGACAUGUUCCUGGACGACAAUGAGGGAGUAUCGAGCAACGACUUUCCCUGUCUGGAAAACCUGUGCAAGAAGAUUAUCAAGGAGAAGCAGCCAUUCGAACGGCUGGAGAUAAAGAAGGAGACGCUGUUGGAAAUGUUCAAGUACAACGAGUUCAAGUGUCGCAUCCUGAAUGAGAAGGUCACGACCCCGACCACCACCGUGUACAGGUGUGGUCCCUUAAUCGACUUGUGCCGCGGGCCUCAUGUUCGACACACCGGGAAAAUCAAGGCAAUGAAGAUCACCAAGAAUUCCUCCACGUACUGGGAAGGAAAAGCAGACAUGGAAACCCUCCAGAGGAUCUAUGGAAUCUCCUUCCCUGACCCCAAAAUGCUCAAAGAAUGGGAGAAGUUUCAGGAGGAAGCCAAAAACAGGGACCACCGUAAACUAGGCCGGGAGCAGGAUCUGUUUUUCUUCCAUGACCUGAGUCCAGGAAGCUGCUUCUUUUUGCCUAAAGGAGCCUAUAUCUACAACACACUGAUCCAGUUCAUCAGAAGUGAAUACAGGAAACGUGGUUUCCAGGAGGUGGUGACGCCAAACAUCUACAACAGCAAACUGUGGCAGACCUCCGGCCACUGGCAGCACUACAGCGAGAACAUGUUCUCCUUCGAAGUGGAGAAAGAGACAUUUGCCCUCAAACCCAUGAACUGCCCCGGUCACUGUUUGAUGUUUGAUCACCGGCCGCGCUCCUGGAGAGAGUUGCCGCUCCGCAUGGCCGACUUUGGAGUUCUUCACAGGAACGAGCUGUCAGGAGCCCUGACCGGUCUCACGCGUGUGCGGCGCUUCCAGCAGGAUGACGCUCACAUAUUCUGCUCCAUGGACCAGAUUGAAGAAGAGAUCAAGGGCUGCCUGGACUUCCUGCGAACCGUGUACGACGUCUUCGGCUUCACGUUCAAGCUCAACCUCUCCACCAGGCCGGAGAAAUUCCUGGGAGACCCUGACUUUUGGGACCAGGCUGAGAAGCAACUGGAGAACAGCCUGAACGACUUUGGGGAGAAAUGGGUUCUGAACCCAGGCGACGGCGCCUUCUACGGACCAAAGAUUGACAUUCAGAUCAAGGACGCCAUUGGUCGAUACCACCAGUGCGCAACCAUUCAGCUUGAUUUCCAGCUUCCUAUUCGCUUCGACCUUACCUUUGUCAGUCAUGACGGCGAUGACAAGAAGAGACCUGUGAUCAUCCACAGAGCCAUCCUGGGAUCGGUCGAACGGAUGAUUGCAAUUCUGACCGAAAACUACGGAGGCAAAUGGCCUCUGUGGCUCUCGCCUCGUCAGGUGAUGGUCGUACCAGUGGGACCCACCUGUGAAGAGUACGCUCAGAAGGUGAAGGAAGACUUCCACAGCGGCGGCUUCAUGACUGACGUGGACCUGGACCCCAGCUGCACGCUCAACAAAAAGAUCAGAAACGCUCAGCUGGCGCAGUACAACUUCAUCCUGGUGGUGGGAGAGAAGGAGAAGACGAGCAACACCGUCAACGUGCGCACUCGGGACAACAAGGUACACGGCGAGCGGAGCGUGGAGGAAUGCCUCCAGAGGCUGACGCAGCUGAAGGACACCAGGAGUCGCAACGCGGAGGAGGAGUUCUGAGUCUCACCCGUCUUUCCACAGGAGCGUCAGUUCUAAAAGAGCCGUAAAACAUCAGAUCACUGUCCCUGAAAUAGUUUUCUUUACUUUUAUAACCACGUCACCUGUCGGUUGUCAAUUCAUCAUUACGUCAUUAAGUCUUUUGGUUACUGCUCUCUUUACAGUCGUAUCAUUGUCAAUGUCCAAAAAACAGAUACUGUUUCACACUGAUGGGGCUGAUGGGAAACCACUGUCUUAUCGCUCUUGUUUCACUCGUUUUUUUCUGGGAGUUUUACCUGGGAUUUAAUAAAUAAAAUAAAUUAAAAAAUUC